AUUAAAGAAUUGAUCCGUUGAUUUCUACAACAUGGCGAUUUCAGAUUGACAAACUUUCUGUUCAGUAAACGUUAAGUAUCGCGGAUUUUGUUCGUUUUUAUUCAUAUUUGUGAAUUGUCUUCGCAUACAUAACAUUUAUCUUAACCUCAUUUCUGUUAAGAGUGGAUUUUAUAUUAAAAAUAGCGAUAGCCGCCAUUUCAUGAAACAAAUAUCUGGAUUACAGAACUAUACAAAUUUAAACGAAAUAUCCAUGAGUGGAUAAAGUCGAAGAGUUAUUUGCUAAAAAUGCCCCGGCGUUGCUUGGACACUGAAGAAUUGGUGGUAGCUAAGAAGAAGAAAGUAAUAGAGGAAUGUCCUAGUCUAGAUGUGAGUUAUUGUGAUGACGAAGCACUCAGCCCAGGCAUUAUAUUCACUGAUGUAACUCAAAGGAAAUGGCGCCUUGGAAAACCCAUUGGUCGGGGAAGCUUUGGUAGAAUCUACUUGACAUCUGAUGAUGUAGAGAAAGAAGUCACUAAAUUAAAUGCCAGAUAUGUGGUCAAAAUAGAGCCACAUACAAAUGGACCCUUAUUUGUGGAGGUACACUGCUUGAUUAGAUCUGGACAAACAUCAAAAGUGAAAGCAUGGCGGCAUCAGCACAAACAAAAACGGCUUGGCAUGCCCCAUUAUAUAGCAAGUGGUUCAUUCACUGAUGAAAAUACUGGCAUAAAAUAUAGAUUUCUUGUUCUACCACGCUAUGACAUUGAUCUUCAUAAAGUUAUAACAAGAACUAAAGUUCUUGACUUAAAGAAUGUGCUCAUCUUGGCAAUGCAAAUUUUUGAUGUACUUGAGUACUUACAUAAUCAAGGAUACACUCAUUCAGAUAUAAAGAGUUCAAAUCUCAUGCUGGGUUUUGAUGGAAAUAAAUUCAAUAAAGUCCAAGCUCUUAAACCGACACUAUCAUUCCAAAAAGACACAAAACAAGCUGUUGUUUUGUCAAGAAAGCCAAAAAGGGUCAAAAGUAAUAAGGGGCGUACUUCAAACUACUAUGAUGAUGAAGACUUUACUGUCAGAGAGAACCGAACAUCACUAGAUGAUCCCAUUCAUGAUAAAAGACUGGCCAGUGUUCGCAACAAACUGUCAAAAAUAUUAACAGACAAGAAUAACAGAACCCUGCAUAGACAUCAUGCAUUCAAUUUACGGCAGAUCACAAAUUAUGUUAAUUAUGAAGACUUAAACAGUUCCAUAUGCUCAGAUAGAUCAUAUCAAAUACUACUAGAUGAUGGAAGCAAGAUUCAAGAUGAUGACACCAAUGAGUUGGAAGAAAUUUACAGAGAAGCAAUCUUAUCACAGUCUAAUGGACAAAUAUACUUAUUGGAUUAUGGCCUGGCAUCAAAAUUUUUGGAUUCUAAAGGUAAUCAUAAAGAGUUUGGAAUGGAUGCAAGGAAAGCACAUGAUGGUACUCUAGAAUAUAGCUCCAGAGAUUCACAUAUUGGGGCACAUUCUCGGAGGUCUGACUUAGAAACUUUAGGAUACAAUUUAUUAGACUGGCUCACUGGUACAUUACCAUGGAAAACAGCAGAAGUUCUUGCCGAACCAGAUUUAGUGCAUGCAUUGAAGAAAAAUUUCAUGAGUGACAUCAAAUUACUCUUAAAAACAUGCUUUAAAACUGAAUUCUAUCCUCAGUUCUUGGAAAAAUAUUUACAAUAUGUGACAAAAUUAGAUUUUACUGAAAAACCUGAUUAUGACUAUUGCAAAAGUCUGUUUAGAAGUGAAUUGUUGAAAAAUGGAUAUGUUUUUGAUAAAGAGCUGCUUCUUAAUUUCAAUGAAGCGCCAAAAUCGCCGAUUAACAGGAAUUGCUAUUCAAAGAGACUAGGUACAAAAAAUACGCCAUCUGAUUUUCGUGCAAGGAAUGGUAUAAAAAAAGCCUACGAAAGAGAAAAUGUUUUUUCUCUUGAGAAUGAUUUAAAGUUGGAACUUCUUAAACAAACUUUAAAUUCUUCCAGUGACGGUCAUAGAAAACCAUGUACUUCCCGUAAUUUCUUUAUAUCUGAUGCUGAUUUAGUUGCACGACUGAAGAAGACUUUGAUGCCGCACGAUAUUUUUGGAAAAAAGCUAUCGCCGAAAAUGUUGCGAUCGAACAAAAGAAAUAUAAAACGCAAGGGUGUGAGGCGACACCGGAACAGUAUUGGGAAAUUUGGUAAUUUCUUGGGUUCGGCCAGGCAGUUUACUUGGGCAGAAAUAUUAGCUGGAAACCCAGAAGAUAUUAUUCGAAAAGAGCGCAAUCCACCACCAGUUGACACAUUUGUAGAUGAUGAUUCUACUUGUAAGUAUAGAAUAAGGAAACUAUCAAAUGCAUCUGAUAAUUCGGACUCAAACCUUCAGUCACCUUUAUUACAGAAAGACUAUUUACAAGGCUUGAAUCCGACGUAUGCUAUGAAAGAUGUGGUAGCCAAUUUCAAAAAGAAAGUUUCAAAAAAAUUUCAUAAAAGUUCUGAAGAAUCCAACCAUGGGUUUGAAGGUUAUACACCAGCAAUGAUAAGAGUUGUCAAAUUAAGGGAAAAACGGGAGAGUAAAGAUAAAUUGGAAAUGGCAAAGCCAGAAAAUGAGAAAAUAACCAGUAAUAGAUGUACAAGGUCUAUGGCAAGCAAAUGUAAACAAAUUAUUAAACAAAAGACUGUAAAAAAUAUUAAAAUAAAUGAAGAAGUGUCACAAAGAGAAUGUGAGCCUCCAGUGGAAGGAAACCAAAAUGAUGGAACAUCACCUAAAAAAACACGAAAAUCUAGUAGAGUUAGGAAUAAACAAGAAGUUAAAGUUAUUGAAAAUCCUCCGUCAUCAAAAUCGUCACCAAGAAAAACUCCAGUCCGCAAGAGAACCACAGUUACCGUGAACAGGCUAAGAUUGAGGAGCAGUAAACGCAAAAAAUUAAGUUCAAAUUAAAGUGUCCCUUUAAAUGUUAGGAUAAGUUUUAGCAAUUAAUUUUUUAUUUACUUCUGUAUAUGAUAUGAGGGUUUUAAUUACAUUCUAAAUUUACUGAUUUAACCAUGGUAUAUAUUAUGGUUUUAUCUUUUUAUUGAUGAUUAAACUCAUUAUGCAGACAUUGGCAGGAAUUGCUGUUGGGGGUAGUAAGAGAUGCUAAUGACCAAUGACGAUAUGUGAAACUAAUUAAAAAUUUCUUCUGGAAUUGAUAAAUUCGUUACAUUUAAUGCAUCUUACCGUCCCCUUUUUUUUAUUCUCAACUAUUAUAAGAGAAGGCGUUUUUUGCUGAAAAAUGACGAGUGUUUGAAAAACAUUAAAAAUAAUAUAUAUUGUUCCAAGUUGAAAUUUGGUUCAGAAUUUAUUAUUUUUUAAAAGUGAUUGCCAUUACAUAGAUUUACUGUGAAUGUGUUAUGAUCAAAUAAAAUAUCAUUUUUA